UUUUGGUAAAAGCAAAAUUUAGAUUUUUGUUGGAUUUUUUUAGUUCUUGCCAUUUCUUUCUCUCUCUCCCUUUCUCUAUCGUGAGAGUGAGAGAGAGAGAGAGAGAGAGAGAGAGAGAGAAACAAAGGAUUGAUUUGGUUCGAUUGAGAUUUGAUGGGUUUAUUGAUAGUGGACGAUGAAGACGGCGAGGUUUUGAUUCCGCCGACGAAUUUCUCGAUGGUGGAAGACGGAAUAUACCGAUCUGGGUUUCCUCAGCUCGAGAAUUUCGCUUUCUUAUCGACCCUCAAUCUUAAAUCCAUCAUUUAUCUGUGUCCUGAACCAUACCCUGAGGAGAAUCUAAAGUUUCUCCAAUCCAACAACAUCAAGCUUUUCCAGUUCGGUAUCCAAGGCAAAACGGAUCCUCCAACUCCUAUGCCAAAGGAUACGGUCUUGAGUGCUCUUAGAGUACUUGUUGAUGUUAGAAACCAUCCAAUUCUCAUCCACUGUAAGCAAGGAAAGCAUAGGACAGGCUGUCUUGUUGGAUGCCUGAGGAAGGUGCAGAACUGGUGCUUAUCAUCUGUUCUUGAGGAAUACCAGAAGUGUGCGGGUUUGAAAUGGAGACAAAGAGAUUUGAUGUUCAUAGAGGAGUUCGAUGUUCACGGGUUAAGGCAAUGCCUGUACAGCAUAAUCUACCAGUACAAUGGUUAUGGUCUCAAGAGGAGAAAGUUGCUGUAUCAAGAAGAGAAUGUUGUCCAAGAACAACAGCAUAAACCUCAAGCCACCAAAGGGUGGUGAACAAACCAGAAGAGCUUGAAAUCGGAGGAUUAUAUCGUUUUUCUAGAUCCUUUAGGUUCACAACAGAUGAUUUUUAUUUGGUCUCUUUUUCUUUUAUUACAGCCUAGAAAAAUUUACAGAUGGAUUAAACUAACAACACAUGUCUCGCUUUUGUUUUGUUAAUCAUAUGAGAUUCAUCAA